AUGCCGGUUCCUUUGUCUGGGGUAGAGCUGCUCAGAGUGUGUACAGUGCUCCAGGACUGUGCUGCAGAGCUGUCAGUGCUGGGUCACAUCAUGCCCGACACCUACAGGGGUCGUCCAGAAGCUGAUAAGUUUGUGUCAGCCGACAUUGGACAGGUCCUUGAACAGCAGAAAGGGGCAGAGCAGAACCUGAAAGCAGCCCGACAGUUUGAGAGAGAGUCUGGGAGACUGUCAGAUGCCACCCGUGAGCUGCACAGAUCCCAGAAGGAACUGAACCGCACACUAGAGGAGAACCCACUGUCCCCUGACAACCUGGCCAAGGUGCAGAGAGACAGUGGUGGGGAAAGAAUAGCUUAUGUUGCCGGUUCAGAGGAAGAUGACGAGGAGGAUGAUGACGAAGGUGAGAUUACACCAGAGGAGCCUCCCAAAAUUGAAGAACCCAAGGAGUCAUUUGGCUGUUCUACUUCCUCUGAGCUAAUCUUUGAGGAACCUGGGCACUCUAAUUUCAGUGAGGAUGCUGUCAAAGUACCUGAUGAGGAUUCUCAGACGUUGCAGUUUGAGGAUGAAUCUGAAGAAGGUGACAUCGAACCUUCAACACCUCCUGCUGAUGAGGCGAGUCCCUUUGAACACACUGAGGCUUUAGCAGAGAAUCUUACAGAAGAUGACAGCCCAGUCCCUAAACAGCUCUCACAGACAGACAUGCUCUCAGACUUUGAUAGUAAAAUUAACGAAUCAGAGCAGAAACAAGCUGUUGAAGAACUCCCCAUACAAAAUGCGGAGUCAGUAGAUUUCUCACAAGUAGAGAAUAGUUUUAAACAGGGUGGUACAGAGCUUUUCAGACUAUUUCAAGAACCAUACCAGAAGGUCCCAGAUCCAAGUAGAAACACAAUGGUGAAAGAGAGCCAUCAAGAACUCCCCAUAGAGGAGGAGGAUUCAAUACACCUAGAGGGGGAAGAGAUUGAGGAAGAGUUGCUAGAGGAUGAAAAUGCAGUAUUAUCUUCAUCCAAAACUGAGCACACUGAUGAAAAUGACACAGAAAAUCUAUCUGAAUUUGGGUCAGAGCAACCCAAUAAUUAUACACAAACCGAUGUUGUAUCCAGUGAUGUGUUGGAUGUGGUCCAACACGACGAGGCUAUUGACAUAGAACCUGAGGUGCAUGAGACUGAAAAUGAUGCUGAAAGCCACACACCCUCACUUAAAGAUAAAGUUCUGGAUCCCCUUCCAAACAAAGAGACGGAAUACAGUGACAAUGUGUUGAGGCUGACACUAUUGCGAGACCGCUGCAAGGAGGAGGAUAUGGAGCGCCUCCAAAAGAUUCUAGGUCCCGUGAACCUCUUUAGGUUGGAGUUCCUGUUUUUUGACCUGGAGCUGAAGGCUGCCCGGCUGUCCCAGACAAACGCCCGUGAGGACAUUGAAAAGGUGCUGGAAGCCAUUUUGGAAGCCUCUGAAACCCCAAUCCUGGAUGAGAUUGAGAGGAUGCUGGAUGCCCAUGAGAACGCUGACCAGCAGCAGGAGUCUGGUGAGUUUGUUGAGGAAGCUUCCAUCUUGGACGACUUCCAGGAAUUUGUGUUCACCCUGCGUCAGAAUUACUCGACGGCCAGAAACAGUGCUCCCAUGGCAGUGGGCAGUCAACUACACCCUGACACAGAUGGGGAUAUGUCUGAAAACACCUUGGACAUGGGACUUAGCGUAGACAUGGAUCACCCUCCCUCAGGAUCUCUGGAGUCACCUCCUGUCACUGAUUUCCAUGAAGAUGAGCAGAGUGGUUCAUCAUUCGUAUCAGUGCUAAUUUUAUCUGGUCCUCUCGUCACCCUGUUUUAUGAGUAUCUUGGAAUAUAUGGUGUUAUGAUGGUCACCAGCCUGCCAGAGCACUGGAAGCCAGGUCCAGACUUCUACGGCGUGUCCUGUGAACCCGUGCUGGUCACUGCAGGUGCCGGGGUCAUCGGCUUCCUCUUCUGGAGGAGCAUUCUAUCUGUCAAAAGCAAGUCAUAUCUAAAGAUGGUGGACAGGAUGAAAAAGCUUGAACAAGAGAAGAAGGAGAUACUCCAAAAGGUCGCUGAACUGCAGCAACAGGGUGAAGAACUUAAAGAAAAGCAAAAGCUGUCUGAAAAAUCUGCCACUUUAUCUCUGGAGAAGAUCCAGGAAUUGGAGAAUAUUGUGCAAGAGAUGGAGAGACAAAAUGAGCGCCUGGACGAGGAAAAUAACUUACACGCCAUAUCCUUUGACAAAGAGCGGGCCAAUACUGCGAAACAUGAAGAUAUGAUGUCCGAAAUGGACAAAACCAUUGAGAAGUUGAAGCGCAGCAAGAAGAAGACCCAGGAUACGUAG